AUGGUGGAUGUGGAGGAAGAGUCGCGCUUCAGAACGAGAGCUCACUGUCGUGUCACAUCUCAAAACUACACGAACACCGUCACCACUUGUGCCCAACUGAACAGCACUGUAGUGAAAAUCACGAACAUCUUUGAGAAUUCUUAUAUCGGAGCCUUGCUUUCAGGGUUAAAUGACCAGUUUCCAUUUAUUGGUGUUGAGCGAAAGUCUAAUGGAACUUGGGUUUAUCAAGAUGCAAGUCCACUUAUCUACACAAAUUGGGCUCCAGGUGAACCAAGUUUAAAUUCCUCGUUGAAUUGUGCAUAUCUUGGUAAUUCGACUCUUCAAUGGUAUGCGACAGAUUGUUCGACUGAGAGACCAUCAUUUUGUUCUGCAAACGAAAUGCCCAAAGAAAGCGAGCAGAAAUUAAUCGCGUGGCAUUUCCGAGAGAUCCUACGAUGCGACGCAAUUGUGAUCGUUGGCUUUUGGAUGGAUUUCUUACCGCAUAUGGUCUUGAUUCAAUCGUGCUUCACUCCUACGGAA